CGGGCAGCAGCAGCAGCGGCAGCACAGACACGGCCAUGUCUGCACCUGCCGCACCCGCCUCGCCGCGCCUGCCGCGCUCCAAGGGCGCGUUCCGCAGCGCCGCGCCGGCGCGCCACUUUGCGCCUGCCUCUGUCUUCUCUGCGCCGCCGCCGCGCCGCACGCCGGCUGCGCUGUAUGCUCCUGUUGCUGUGCCGGCGCCCGCUGCGGCAGCACGACCGGCGCCGGCACCUGCCGCCGCAUCGCGACCCUGCGUCAUCUACGUGCCCGACUCGGACGAGGAGGAGGCCGCGCCGGUGCGUGCGCCUGCCGCUCCGCCAGCGCGCUCUCACAGCACCUCGCCCGCCAAGCGUGCGCCUGGACACGCGGCGCCGGCUGCUGGCGGCGCGCUCAAGCGCUCGCGCACCACAUCACCCGUCAAGCGACCCGCUGCGCCACCGGCGCGCCUGGACACCAGCCUCGCAAUCGCGGGCCCAUCGCGGCUGCCGCCAGACGCGGCUGCUCCUGCGCGCCGAUGCUCGCCGUCGCCAGGUCCCGCGCCGCUCUCUUCGCCGCCGACGCCUCGCGCUGUCGCAGUGUCAUCGGCGCACGUCGACGCUGCCGGCCGCUCGCUGCUCUUUGCCGCCACGCGCCCGUCGGCGCCACCGCCGGCCGUGGCUGCUGAGCCGCCUUCGGCCUCGCAGCUGUGCUUGCGCGCCGUGCUCAAGGCGUCGUCGUCGCUUGAUCUCGAGCACCUCACUGCCAUCCGUCUCGCGGCUGCGGCAGAGAAGGCUCGCGUGCGUGCCGCAGUGGAAGAGCAGGCGCGCACCGAGCGGGCGGCCGAGCAGGCCGAACGCGACCGCGUCAGCGAGCAGGAGCGGCGCCUGGAGAGGGAACGCGUUGCCUGGCUCGCGGGCCGGGCGCCAAGCCCUGUCUGCGAGGUGGCCGAGCCGCCAGAAGAGCGGCCACGGCUCUCGCAGCAAGACGAGCGCGCGCUCCUGCCACUGGACAAUAUCGCGCCGGCGGCGCAGAACUCGGUCACACCACGCCGGCGACGUCGAGAGCGCAGCGAGAGCUCAUCGAGCGACAGCAGCGCCGACGAGCCACUGCGCGCCAAGCUGGUACAGAGCAAGCUGACUGUUCAGGUUGCGCUGCCGGACACCGACGAGCUUACGGAGCUGCACGCUGCUGCGCCUGCGCGCUUUCGUGUUCUGCCGCGCUGUCUGCUCUGUGGCACGUCCUUUGCCGCAUCGCAUUCGGGUCCGAAGCGCAAGGCGCACCACGUCAUCUGUCUUGCCACGCCAGUGCCCGGCAGGCCACCGCUCACUCCUGGCGACGUGCUCGCGCUGCUUGCAAGCGAAGAGCAGCGCCUUGCGCGUCUCGAGCUCGAGUUGCAGCGAGCAGAAGAGGCCGCAAUCACGACGUUCGAGCGCUUCUGCUCCACCGGGCCGGGCGCCAAGGCUCCACGAGCUCGUCCCAGUCGUCUGCGCAAGCUCGGCGUCGACGGUCUCCGCGUGACCUGCGCCGAUGAGGCCUGGCAGCGACUUGUCGAGUCGCUAGGUGCUCUGCCUGAAGCGCCUAUCGACUCGAUCUACGAGGCUGCGCUGACAGACGCUACUUGCGCGGCGGGAGCGCGUGAGCGACCAGCCGCUUCGCGAGCGUCGAAGCGCCGCCGCACGGCGAUGAUGCCGAGCCGCCUAGGCGAGCUGCACCGCGCCCGCAGCGCCAUCACACCACACCGCCGCGGUCUCGGUUUCCGCGGCACUCUGUUUGGCGGCGAGGAGCGCCUCUUUGCCGCGAUCGCGCAACCGCUAGUGCGCAAGGAGCGCGAAGAAGACGCCCUUGCCCGACGCGCUCUCGCGAAGCAGCAGGGCAAGGCUUCUCUGCCUCGAGCCGGCGUGCCCGCCUUUUCCUGACCCUCACUCCACGAUACACGCCGCAUUAGAUACCCUCCUCGCACUGACCCGGAUCGAUGACAAUUGCAUUGCAUGCCUGCG